AAGUUUGAUUAUACGGAGUUUGCAUGACAAAUGUAGAGAGGCCAAAUAUGGUUAUAUAUUUACUCUAAACAUGUCAAAGCUUGGUGACAUGACUCAUCUUGUUUACAAAAUCGGACGGUUUAGAUGAUGUCUUCACGAGAAUCUUCGGAGUUUGGUUUGUCUAUAAAUGGAGAUGGGUUGUUUUAAGAGUUUAAUUGUCUGCUGUCUUACUCUCACUUCUUUUGCUUGCAUCAACAGUUAGAAUGCCCUGUGAGCGGUGCGGUUCUAGGAAGAGCGUAUUAUGUGCAAAUAAAUUGUUGGUUUUAAUGUGAUCAUUGCUCAAAAGCAUUAUCAUUUUCUCUCAAAAUUUCAAAUAUAUUGUUAAGUGUAAGCACCAGCAUCCAGUUUGGUUUAUCCUAAUGGAUACAAAUAAUCGGUGGCAAAAUGAACAAGAUGGUCAACCUACACUGGAUACAGGUUACUGCAGAGCAACUCUGCUGGCCGAGACGCGGCAGAGUAUGGUCAACAAAAUAAUGGACAGAUUAAGAAGACAUUUUCCAUCCAGCCAAGAGGGACUUGAAGAACUCAAGAAAAAAGCUGUGCAGUUUGAGGAAAAGAUAUGGAAGGCGUUUCAGUCUGACUAUCAGCACGGAACAAGGAUGUUUACGAUGGAAUCGAAUUCUCGACAUACUCUGCCCAAUGCUUUGCCACAGAACGCGGCUGGCAAUAGCAACAGAGCCACUGAUCCAGGAGCUUCGCUAGAUUCUACCGCACAGACUGGACAUGCAAAUGGAGGUGAUUGGCAAGAGGAAGUUUAUCAAAAGAUCAAAACCAUGAAGGACAUGUACUUAUCAAAGCUAAAAGACAUGUAUCAGAAAAUUGCUACAAAAAUACAGCAGGAUGACUCACUUUCACAACCGCCAAACACGGACCUGCUUGCCAAGCUGAAAGUUAUCAGGACUAUAUUUGAGCUCAUGAUAUCAUUCUUAGAGGUUUCAAAAAAUAACAUUUCUCCAUGUCACAAGGACAAGUUGGGAGUCUAUGAGAUGGAGAUUAAGUAUUUUACAAAUGCAAAUAAACCCAGGAAGCCUCUCAGUUCAGUGCAACAAGCACAGCUUUCCCAGUCCCACAUCCAUCAACCACAAUCUCAAGUUUCUCAAGUGCAAUCUCGUGAAAAUCAAAUGAAUCCUCAAAUGCAAUCAAUGAACACGCAAGGGUCGGUGCCUACAAUGCAGCAGAACAAUGUGUCGAGCUUGCAGCAAAGCAUGAUGAAUUCAUUGCCGGCAUCUUCCAAUCGAGAUGAUGGACUGCGAAAUGCAGUGAAAUCAUUGCAGCAGGUUAAGUCUACAUCCCCUAGAGCGAUAAGUGCAGCUGUCGGUGACAUUGGCUCAGUUGUCAGCAUGACUGACAGAUUUGCGGGUUCAGCCCCGGAUCAGAAUGGAUCUGGAGCUGCAGUUGGUGAGGAUUUGGUAGAAAUGACAAAUUGUCGUCUUCAGGCGAGAACUUUUAUCACCUUGUGUGGGACAAGGAAGAUGAGCCCCUGUACAAGUGCCAUGCCCUUGAACAUUGGAUCAUCAGCUAGCAGCAUAAGAGACAGUUUGAAACAACUCAAUGGUCCAGAAGCAUCUGAUUUGGAGUCAACUGCAACAUCAAGUGUCAAAAGGCCUAGACUGGAGUAAGGAGUACACGGAUCUUGCAGUAAAGACCAAGUCAAGAUUUAACAUCUCACUUCGAAGCCUUUCGCAACCCAUGUGGCUUCAGGAGAUAGCGAAAACUGCUCGAGUGCAGCAUGAUAUUGGGCAUGUUAGUCGAAAACUGCUCGAGUGCAGCAUGAUAUUGGGCAUGUUAGUUAUGUAUCCAUGAUGCGAUCUGUUAAUUUAUCUUAUUUAUAAGAGAUUGUAUUGUUUUGAAUUAUUGGGUGAUAAUAAUAAAUAUUAAUUAAGUA